AUGCGUCUGACAAAUCAUCCAAAGGUUCUCCACACCCGUGCAACAGUCAAGGACGACGAAAAAAGCGCCGAUUUUUGGACUAAACAGGCCAAAGAAAAAUUGAACAAACGCCUAGAACGCAAAGAGAACACUAAUGAUGCCAAAAACAUCAUCAUUUUUAUCGGAGACGGGAUGUCCAUACCGACUUUGACUGCCGCCAGACUUCUUUUAGGGGAUGAAAAUAAACAGUUGUCUUUUGAGAAGUUCCCUUACACAGGAUUAUCAAAGACUUAUUGUGUGGAUGCCCAAACUGCUGAUAGUGCUUGCAGUGCUACUGCCUAUUUGUGUGGUGUCAAGACCAACGAUGGCCUAAUUGGUGUCACUGCCAAUGUAACUCGGGAUAAUUGCGAACACAUGGCAAAUAAAGGCAACCAUGUUACAUCCAUUGCCAAAUGGGCACAGGAUGAAGGAAAAGCCACAGGUAUUGUUACUACUACCAGAGUGACCCACGCCUCACCAGCCGGUACCUUCGCCCAUACGGCAGACCGAGAUUGGGAAUCAGACACAGACGUCAUUAAAAUGGGCAAUGCUGAUCCUGAAAAAUGCAGAGACAUAGCCUACCAGCUAGUUCACGAAGAACCUGGUAAAAACUUCAAAGUCAUCCUGGGCGGCGGUCGCCAAAAAUUCCUGCCCAAAGAUAUCAAAGAUGAGGAACAAGAACCUGGUCAAAGGAGCGAUGGUAAACAUUUGAUCGAUGAAUGGAAAACCGAGAUGGGUAAAAAGGGUAAAAGUGAAUACGUUUGGAACAAAAAGCAACUGAAUGCUGUGGAUGCUGACAAGACUGAUUAUUUACUCGGGUUGUUCGAGAGUAGUCACUGCAAGUACCAUUUGGAUGUGGUCGAUGGUAAUUUGGAGAGCAAGGAGCCUAGUUUAGCAGAAAUGGUGAACAAGGCUAUUGAUAUUUUGAACAAGGAGGAGAAAGGAUUCUUUUUAUUCGUUGAAGGUGGCAGGAUUGAUCAGGCUCAUCACGAUACAAAACCACGCAAAGCCUUGGAUGAAACUUUAGAGUUUGCAAAAGCUGUGCAAGUUGCACUCAACAAAACCAGCGAGGAUGAUACUCUGAUAGUAGUCACUGCAGAUCAUGCACAUACGAUGAGCAUUUCAGGAUACCCGGACUACCAGGCUCCAGCCCUUGCACCCUUGGUCCAGGAGACCCAUGGGGGAGAUGAUGUGGCAGUUUUCGCCAAUGGCCCUUGGGCCCAUCUGUUCACCGGAAAUUAUGAACAGCAUUUGAUACCGCAUUUGAUGGCAUAUGCUGCCAAUAUUGGCAGAAAUGGUGCUUCUAGUGUUGUACCGGGAGAUGCACAAAACCAUAAAUUUGAAAGAUAUCAUGAAAUUAAAGCAAAAAGCCAUGAAAUUGAAGCAGAAAGCCAUGAAAUUGAAGCAGAAAGCCAUGAAAUUGAAGCAAAAGACCUUAAAAUUGAGGUAAGAGUUCAUACAAUGGAGACAGGAGGCCAUAAAGAGAUUCAGGAAGCCAUAAAAUUAAAGGAGACCAUAAAUUGA